AUGUUGUCGCUCGUCCCAGCGCGGAAGAGAAAGGAAGCCCAUAACGCGAUACAACUAUCUCGUGAUAAAGGCAAGGUCCGCGUCAUCGAGCGAUCAGCAGAAGGGUACUCCAGCGGCUCCACGAAGAAUCUACAGGGUCGCAACAGCACCCCUGCUAGCCGUACCUUUACUACACUUCGUCGCGGAAGCAUCAGGAUCUUCUCAAUCUUCCGCAAUGGCAAGAGUUCCGCUCCAAGCUCCGGCGAGGCUACCUUUGGUAGCACUGGGUCAACGGUCAACAAACCAGCAGACGUACCACGUGCCGAUAACAUCAACUCCUACUCCAACUCUCCUUUACAAUGCCCUGUCGUUCCCGAUAUACCUAUGAUUCUACCAGCUCUCUCCCUAGAUCCUGACUCUUCAUCUUUACUCCAACUCACAAACGCUGCCGUCUUCGAUGGCGAAUCAGAACCUAUACCAAGAACUCGCACUCCACCUCCUACACCCAUGGCAACAAGCUGGUCGACGCCAAGUCUCUCGCAGCAACUCACGACCAAGCUCUCCAACGCCCUGAUGAACAAUGAUACGGUAGUGCGUCGACGGAAGCUAAGCUCUAGGCCAGUCGUUCGAACGGACCAUUUCAAGCAUCCAAGCGAUGACCAGCGAACUACCACCUCACCCAAGAGCCCCAUGUCAGAGGUCCCUUCUCUUCCAUCAAGCGUCCUAAGCCCCUCGAGCAGCGUCGCACCCUUGAGCCAGUCCACUGCACCGACAUCGCUGGUCUCAUCAGGUGCACUACUGUCUGCUGAGACCACUUAUCGAACCCAGAACGGUCGCCAUGUAACCGACAAUCAACCCGCGCUCUAUUGCGAGGCGACCCCAGAGCGUUUACCUUCACGAUUCCUUGUCUUCCCACGUCAAGACGCACCACGACUGUGUGAGCCUUCCAUUGCGACUAUCGAGAAUGCAGCGGCGGCAAAGAUCUUCUUCGAGUCACACUUCAACCAGCUUCUCGGUACCAAGAUCACGCCACGAUCUAUGCGUCGCCGCCAAAUGGAGCGGAAGGUAUUUACCAUGGCCAUCCCGAAUGAGCAACGUCACUCCAAAAGGCGAGAAUAG